GAAGCUGCAUCUACAUCCGGGGCACUGAGCAGUUUCACAUGUAGGUCGGCUCAGGCUGUCGUUUACUGUCCUGCAGGUCCAGGAGCUCCGGGGUGCUGCUCUGGUGUUUCCACCAGCAUUUGACCGAGAGCAUGGCGCUGAUGGGGAUUCAGCUGGUGGUCAGCUUGCUGGCUGCCAGCAUCAUGCAGAGGAUGGCCCCACACUGCUCAUUUGCACGAUGGCUCCUCUGCAACGGCAGUUUGUUCCGAUUCAAACACCCCUCGGAGGGAGAGCUGUGCGCGUUGGCAGGAAAACAGAUGCCCAAGCAAAGCAGACGAGACAGGAGGCAGAACGGAGAGAGCAAGCCGCUCACAGUGCCUAAAGACAUCGACCUGCAGCUGGAGAAAGCGCCGGUCAACGUGAUGGACGCUCUUGUGCUGCGGUUUUUCCUGGAGUACCAGUGGCUUGUAGACUUUGCUGUCUACGCAAUGGGCGUCUUCCUGUUCACUGAGUGUUAUUACGGCGUGGUCGACGCCAGUAAAGAGGUCAACAUCGGAGCCAUCUGGUGUGUCCUAACCGUACUCUUUGGACUAAAGGCCCUUCACACUCUGAUGAGCCACUAUUUCCGCUCGGAGGAGGGCGGCGAGCGCUCCGUGUGCCUCGCCUUUGGUUUCCUGUCCCUGCUGGUGGCGAUGCUGGUGCUGGUGGUCAGAGAGGACUACCUGGAGUUCGGCCUUGAGCCCGGCUUCACCAGCCUGUUCGACAACCUGGAAACCUUCGCUAAACAGCAGGGCUACGCUGACUGGUCGAUCCCCGUCACUAAGCUGACUGUGAAGCUGGGCCUGGCGGCUGUGUGCGCUUACGUCGGUUCCCUCCUGGCCUUCCCCGGACUCAGGCUGGCCCAGACUCAUCUAGAUGCGGUCCAGAUGAACUCUGACCGCCCCCUCAUCCAGAUUCUGCUGCACAUGAGCUUCUUAUCUCCUGUCAUCGUGUUGGUUCUGUGGAUAAAACCCAUUGCUAGAGACUUUUUGGCCAAUGCACCAAUGGGAAAGACUUCAGUCACUCUAGUCAGCAGUGCAGCGUUCGACAGCGUGCGGCUGUGGAUCAUUGUGGCGCUGUGUGCGCUCCGGCUGGGACUGACCCGGUAUCACCUGCAGGCCUACCUCAACCUGGCUCAGAAGUGGGUGGAGCAGAUGAAGAAGGAGGCGGGGCGCAUCGCUGCCGUCGAUAUUCAGAGGAAGGUCACACGUGUGUUUUGCUACCUAACGAUAGUCACACUUCAGUAUUUGGUUCCUAUUCUGCUCAUCCUCUUCUCCACUUUGGCACUCAAGGUGCUAGGGAACUUCUCCUGGUGUUUUGAUGGUGAGGAGACCCCGGGGGUGACACCGGCGCUGGUGCUCCCCACAGCAGCACCCGCGGUGUCUGGAGGUCUGGAUGAGGACGACGAAGGGAUGGAAGACAUGGAGGAGGACAUCCAGGCCACCGUAGCACGUCUUUCAGAGAUGUUCAGCGCACUGCGGUCUGUCCUCAGUCCCCUCUUUCUGCGCGGUUUCUUCGCCUUCUUCACUUGGUGGGUGGCCGCCUGCCAAGUGAUCAGCUCCCUGUUCGGCAUCUACUUCCACCAGUACCUGAUGCAGAACUGAGGACGCCGGCGUGCCGGACGGCCGUACACGUAGAUCACGUAAGGCUCUCUGUGCAUGAGAUGCUGCUGGAAAGGAGCCCCCAGACGAAGAGGGAGACGCGAGACGAAAACGUGUAGCCACAGACGGACGGAUCGUGGGUUUGGCUGCGCCAGCUAAGAAUCGUUGAACACCUCGGCUGUACUGGCCAGCAAACUUCUGGCAUCAGCAACACAAACGUACCAAAAGAACCAGGUCUUAUAUUACAAAGCAACUUCAGCUUUUAUGACUUUACAUGGCUUCCCUGUGGGAGCAGCAUAUUUAGCAGAGGAGAAAUAACUCGAGGGUGGAUCAGCUGCAUUAAAAGUGCAGAAAUGGGUUAAUGUUUCCUCUCCUUUUAACCCGGUUGGUGUGAGAACCAGUUCACAGAUGGUCUAUUACCUUUAAUCUAUCCAAACCUAUUUUUUUAUUUUUAUUGUAGGUCAGGGGUUCGGCAACCUUUUUAUAACACCAAUAGCCAUUUUUGCCUUCAUUCCUACUAAAUAAAAAUUAGUUUAUUGCCUAAAAACCUACUAGUUAAG